AUCGGGAGUCGGGGAGUGUCGCCGAUGGACGUGUCGGCGGCGCCUCGAUCACCUCGCGUAAUCGCGUUCGCUGAGUUCGCUCCGCGACAAUUGAGAUAAAUGCGAAGACGUAUCGCGCGGAUCGAGCGUGACGACCGAAAUCGUCGACGAGGGCGGUCCGCGUCAGCGUCGGCUCGUCGAUAACGGCGCGUCCCGUCGGGAACGAAUGCCCUCCCGGACAACCCGGGCGCCGGUGCCACGAUAGGUUACGUCCCGCGAGCGGGCCAAAUGAAUCGAUUGUGGUAGUGCGAACGGGAUAGCGAGAGGAUCAUGUCGAGAAAGUGGCUGUCGAAUUUCGCGCUGGCCGGCACCAUCAGGCUGCUGAUCAUGAACUCCGAGUACCAGAGGAUCAUCAGCAACCGCGUCGAGGUGUCGACCGCCUUGAACUCCUGGAAGAGAGUAACCGAAGGAGUUUAUCUGCACAAGUUCGGCAUAGACCCAUACGAGGGGGAUCUGUUUCACGAGACUCCCAUCGGCUUGUACAUGUUCAACUUGAUGCAGGAAUAUUUACCUCAAUGGGCAUUGUUUCUGCUGUUUGUCGCCGUCGACCUAACAACUGCCCUGUGCCUCGCUCUCGCAGCAAAACAUUAUGCAAUUGAGUUGGCGACGAAGAGAAAAGAGGAGAAGGACGAGAGUAAGAAGCCUAGCGAAGAUGUUCCCAGCACAUCCGCUUUAUACGUUUCCGCAGCGUAUCUGUUCAACCCGUACAUAAUAUUGAACUGCGUUGGCCUGACAACUACGGUAUUCACCAAUCUACUCUACUCGAUCGCUCUAGUGUCGAUGACGAAGCGCUCCGUGCUCUGGAGUUGCGCGUCGAUAGCGUUAUUGACGUUGCAAGGACUCUAUCCUGUGUCGCUCAUGGUACCGGCAACUAUUUACAUUGCCAGCGUAGCGAAGAACAGAAAGACCAGUAUCGCCACGAUGCUACUCGCGUUUACGAGCAUCCUCGCGGCCCUAUUCGCCGUUUCUUACUGCAUCAUGGGAAGCUGGUCGUUCUUAUGGAGCACCAUCGGCUUUAUCUUGACGGUCCCCGACUUACGUCCGAAUAUCGGACUGUAUUGGUACUUCUUUACGGAAAUGUUCGAGCACUUCAGAUGGCUCUUCAUCGCAUCCUUUCAGAUAAACGUCAGUUUAUUGUACAUAGUCCCCCUAGCGCUGCGAUUACGACGCGACCCGAUGUUACUGGCGUUCUCCUACCUGGCGAUAGCUGCCAUAUUCAAAUCUUAUCCGUGCAUCGGAGACGUUGGCUUCUAUAUAUCUCUACUGCCGCUGUGGAAGCACUUGUUCCAACAUAUGCAGCAAGGAUUCAUCGUAGGUUGUUUUGUACUAUUUUGCACGGUUUUCGCCCCAACCGUGUGGCAUCAGUGGAUCUACUCGAGAUCAGCAAACGCAAAUUUUUACUUUGGAGUAACACUGGCGUUCGCUAUAGCGCAAAUCUUCCUCCUCACCGACAUCCUGUUCGCCAGUGUGAAACAUGAGUUCGCUGUUCAGCAUGGUAUCAAUAAGAAAGUUAACGGAAACGAGGCUAAAUUGCUACUCGAAUAAAAUAAGCUUUUCUAGAUCGAAAUGUAUAAUACCCUACCGAUGAGCAGUGACAAGCGAUACGUCUUGGAAUCAUUGGUCGUGAACGAAAAUAAAAUAGUUUUUUACAAAA